AUGCCCACAAUUACGAACGCUCACAACGAUUUAAUCCAUGAUGCUGUGCUCGAUUACUACGGGAAACGUCUAGCUACGUGUUCUUCUGAUAAAACGAUCAAAAUAUUUGAAGUGGAGGGUGAGAAUCAUAAAUUAGUGGAGACAUUGAGCGGGCACGAGGGGCCUAUUUGGAGAGUUGAUUGGGCUCAUCCCAAAUUUGGGACUAUUUUGGCUUCGUGCUCGUAUGACGGUAAAGUGCUAAUUUGGAAAGAAGAGAAUGGUAAAUGGGCUCAGAUUGCUGUUCAUGCUGUCCAUUCAGCAUCAGUCAAUUCAGUCCAAUGGGCACCUCAUGAGUAUGGGGCUUUGAUUUUAGCGGCAUCAUCUGAUGGAAAAGUGUCAGUAGUUGAAUUUAAGGACAAUGGUACAACGGCACCAGUUGUAAUCGAAGCACAUGCUAUUGGUGUAAACGCUGCAAGCUGGGCACCUUCAGUAAUGCCCGAGGGUGGUGUUUCUAACCAAACACGCAGAUUCGUCACCGGUGGAGCUGAUAAUCUGGUGAAAGUUUGGAAAUAUAAUUCUGAAUCACAGAGUGUCACUUUAGAGGAUACAUUGGAGGGUCACACUGAUUGGGUAAGGGAUGUUGCAUGGUCACCAUCUGUUUUGCUUCGUUGCUAUAUAGCCACAGUAUCCCAAGACCGCACAUGUAUCAUCUGGUCGAAGGAGGAAAAAGACGAUAAAUGGACAAAGACACUGCUUCAAAAUGAAAAAUUCCCUGAUGUAUUAUGGAGAGCAAGUUGGUCAUUAUCCGGAAACAUCUUAGCCUUAUCUGGAGGUGAUAAUAAAGUUACCCUUUGGAAAGAAGACCUUGAAGGAAAGUGGGAGCCUGCAGGUGAAGUUCAAGAGUAA